CGGCCAGCAGCCAGUCUUGUGUCAGGUCUGCAGCGCGGAGGUCGCAGUCGUCUCUCUCUGAUUCUCAGACUGACCGGAUCCGCGGUUCGGCUGCAGACUGAGCUCCGGCCCGGUUCCGGGAGCCGCUGAUCCAGAGACGGGGCCUCCAUGAGCGCUGCGUAAAGGCGCAGAGUCACCAGGAGCGAAACGGACUCGUUUCUCUCCAGCUGUCCUCGUAUCGGUUUUGCCCGGUUUCGGUCUCCAUGGAUGGUUGAGCAGCCCGACACGCCGCGGACUUUGCCCCCGGGAUCAGAGCUCCUUGCCCGGCCAGCAGCUCCGGAGCAGCCGCUGCUCCCGGUUCCUGGAGCGUUUUUUCUUUUUCCCCUUGUUUUGUCCAAACGCGUUCGGUUGGGUUUGAUUUGGAUUCACGGACUCGCUUCAUGGAAGGAGAUUCCCAAUGAAGAGUUCACUGUUCCCCGGAGCGGAUCGGGACUCGCAGUGAUUUACCCCAACCCGCCUCUGCAGGGGCAAACCGGGAGCAGCGGAUCCAGAUUUAGAGACGUCCUGUGGCUCCCUCAGGUCCCGAUGCGUGAGGCCCCUCGCAGGCUUCCUGCUUCUUCCCCGUGAAACUCAGGCGUUGCGUCGGGACGAUGGAGCGCGGCCCCCUGCUGUGUGUCCUCCUGCUCUGCCUGGCGGACAGAGUGGCGGUCCGAAGCGUUCCCCAGAGCAGAACCAAAGAUCUCCGUGCGUCCAGGCCUCUUAUCAUACCAGGGUAUCCAGAAAAUACCACAGUGGUGGUUGGUGGCCAGGCGAAACUCUUAUGCAAAGUCCACAGGCCGGUAUCUACCAAGGUGCAGUGGCUGAAAACAGAUUCUAGCAGCUCAGGACAAACCGAAGCAGGACCGCCUGGCAUCAAGGCCCUGACAACCCUGAAAAGUAAUGGCUCCAAGGUCAGCACCCUCCAUCUGCCCAAUAUCACUAUGGAGGAUGCAGGUGAAUACAUCUGCAUGGCCGAGAGCGUCCAUGGGGGGCGGAUAGCUCAGGCCAUGCAAUCAGCAUGGCUGGAAGUCCUGCCUGGUGCCAUCAAAUCCAGAACUGUAGAAGUGACUGCUGCUGAAAUCCGACCAGAGGUUCCUCAGGACCUUAGUGAGGACACCACUGAAAAUCUUCUGCUGGAGCCGGGAAACAUUUUGAAGCUGCGCUGCGAUACGAACACCCGGCCAGGCAUGGCGGUCAACUGGUACAAGGAAGGGGUCAGGCUGCUGCCCACACCCCGCACCCAGAUGCGUGGUGCUGUUAUGGAGAUCACAGGUGUGACGUAUGAGGAUUCAGGAUUGUAUGCUUGUGUUCUUCGGGGAACUAAAAAUCCUGUGAGGAACUUCACAAUCACUGUGGCAGACAUGCUAGGAUCAGGCGACGAUGAUGAGGACAACGGCUUGGAGGAUUCAUCUGCUGAAACUGAAAAGGAUCAAGUUUACUUCUCUAGAGGGCCCUAUUGGACCCACACCCAUCGUAUGGAGAAGAAGCUGUAUGCUGUUCCUGCAGGAAACACUGUGAAGUUUCGCUGCCCUGCUAUGGGGAGUCCAAUGCCAGCAAUUCGCUGGCUCAAAAACGGACGUGAAUUCAGAGGAGAGCACCGCAUCGGUGGAAUUAAGCUAAGGCAUCAGCACUGGAGCCUGGUGAUGGAGAGCGUUGUGCCCUCCGACAGAGGGAACUACACCUGCGUGGUGGUGAACAGAUAUGGAUCCAUUACUCACAGCUAUGUUCUUGAUGUUUUGGAGCGCUCCCCCCACAGGCCCAUCCUGCAAGCUGGUUUACCUGCCAACACCACAGCGGUGGUGGGCAACGAUGUUCAGUUCCACUGCAAGGUUUACAGCGACGCUCAGCCUCACAUUCAGUGGCUCAAACACGUCGAAAGGAACGGCAGCCGCUACGGUCCUGAUGGGACUCCCUACGUUCAGGUCCUCAAGACUGGCAGUCUGAACAUGUCCGAGGUAGAGGUGCUCUACCUGGUUAAAGUUACCAUGGAGGAUGCAGGAGAAUACACCUGCCUGGCUGGAAAUUCAAUCGGCUUUGCCUACCAGUCGGCCUGGCUCACCGUGCUUUCAGAAGAAGAAGCAGCUGAGUCCAUGGAGACCAUGGAGACCAAGUACACGGACAUCAUCAUCUACGCCUGUGGCUUCGUGGCUCUGAUCAUGGCCAUCGUCAUUGUGGUGUUGUGCCGGAUGCAGGUUCACCCACGAAGGGAGCCUUUCGACGCACUUCCUGUCCAGAAGCUCUCCAAGUUCCCUCUGCGCAGACAGUAUUCAGUGGAGUCCAACUCGUCUGGAAAGUCCAGUGCAUCUCUGAUGAGGGUGGCUCGACUCUCGUCCAGCUGUUCGCCAAUGCUAGCUGGCGUUAUGGAGUUUGAGCUGCCGUACGAUCCAGACUGGGAGUUCCCAAGGGAGAACUUGACACUGGGAAAACCUCUUGGAGAGGGCUGCUUUGGUCAGGUGGUCAGAGCCGAAGCUUUUGGCAUCAACAAGGACUUCCUGGAUCAGGCCACCACUGUAGCGGUCAAGAUGCUCAAAGAUGACGCCACAGACAAGGACCUUGCAGACCUCAUUUCAGAGAUGGAGCUGAUGAAAGUAAUGGACAAGCACAAGAACAUCAUCAACCUGCUGGGGGUCUGCACACAGGAUGGCCCCCUGUACGUGCUGGUGGAAUACGCCUCCAAAGGCAGUUUGAGGGAGUACCUGCGGGCCAGGCGGCCUCCAGGCAUGGAUUACACCUUUGAUGUGACUAAAGUGCCUGAGGAGCAGCUCACCUUCAAAGACCUGCUUUCCUGUGCCUACCAGGUGGCCCGAGGGAUGGAGUACCUGGCCUCUAAAAGGUGCAUCCACAGGGACUUGGCAGCCAGGAACGUCCUGGUGACGGAAGACAAUGUGAUGAAGAUCGCAGACUUCGGCCUGGCCAGAGGCGUCCACCAGAUUGACUACUACAAGAAAACCACCAAUGGCCGGCUGCCGGUGAAAUGGAUGGCACCAGAAGCUUUGUUUGACAGAGUCUACACCCACCAAAGCGACGUAUGGUCGUUCGGCGUCCUGAUGUGGGAGAUUUUCACGCUGGGUGGUUCGCCGUACCCCGGCAUCCCGGUGGAGGAGCUCUUUAAGCUGCUGAAGGAGGGUCACCGCAUGGACAAGCCGUCCAACUGCACACAUGAACUCUACACGCUGAUGCGUGAAUGCUGGCACGCUGUUCCCACCCAGAGGCCGACGUUCAAGCAGCUGGUGGAGGAGCUGGACAAAGCGCUGCUCUCCAUCUCUGACGAGUACUUGGACCUGUCCACGCCGUUCGAGCAGUACUCGCCGUCCUGUGAGGACACUUCCAGCUCCUGCUCCUCUGACAACGACUCCGUUUUUACGCACGACACGCUGUCCACCGACCCCUGCCUCCUGGCCUACCAGGACGUCCGCUCUCGGAUCGACCCCAAAACGGCUCUCCGAUAGACUCUGCUUCCUGCUGGCGCCUCACCGACGGUCGAAGCUGCGUUUCCCAACUUAAAGGUUUAAUUCUUAUUGGACUUUUCAUGGGAGCCCUUGGAUAGAAGCAGGUAUUUAUAUCCACACGGGGCACUGAGGCCAGCUGAGGAAAACGCAUGUAGCGUUCAGGAGAACAAGCUGAACUCUGCCGGCUUGAAACCGGCUGCUGACGGUGAAACAAGGCGGCGCUGCAGGAAAGACGCUGGAACUCAAACCCAUUCUGUGCUUUUUCUCGCCUCUGGAGAGGCGACGGACACAGACCUGCUUCACCAACCCAAAAACCAGGGCUGCAAACCUGAAGACGUUUUAAAGAAAAAUUAUUAUUUUGCUAUGAUAAAAAGUUAAGAAAUUGAUUGUUGAUAUAAAUUGCUCUACAUAAUAAUAUUUUACGUUUAUAUUGCUUAUUUAAAAAAGAAGAAGUCUUAAAUCUCAGGAUCUCUCACUCUAAGAAGUUGCUGUAAUGGCAGCAAAGUGCCUGAACUGAUGAUUUCCUGUGAAUAUAUUAGAAUAAUAAAAUAUUUUAUGUACAUAUCAGUGACAGAAAACAGCUAACUUCCACAAAUUAUUCUGAAUGAGAGAAAAAUGAUGUUAUUGUUGGGAAAAGGAGAGAAAAUGUUGACCUCAAAGUGCCAAACGUAUCCGAAGUUAUUCAGAGGUUGAGAAAGAAAAAAAGCUGGAGACGAUUUGAGAGUUUUACUUGAGAACUCUUGAAAUUAAAUCUUUUAAUUUUUAUUUUACCUGCAGCUCAGAGAAAAUGGAAGCAUAAAAACAGUUGAGGUUUUGAGUCUUUUUGAAUUUGAGAUUCAGUUUAAGCAGUUACUAUCUUACCUGUAGUAAAUAACACUAGGAAACUUCAUUUAGCUUUAAUCCAGAUUAGCUCACCUGAGGCUAAAGCUAACGGCUGAUAUGAGAAGGACAGAGACAGAAGUAGACUGGAGUGAGUCAAAACAACUCAUUUUGUGAAGAUAAUGUCUCAUAUUUAAGGAAAAAACAGGAUGAUUUAAGUAGAGAAUGUAGGUUGGAGGCGGUGCGCCAUGACUGAUUUUCCCCCGUGAAACAGUGAAACCCAUAAAUACCAAUAGAUACUCAUUCCUUCAGUUUGCAUUUUUAAUUUUGUUUAAGGCAACAACUUUCUGCUCCAAGAAGACAGAAAAUUAAAACAAAAUAAUGGGAAAAGUCCACAUACAUCUGGAGUUUCUGCGUAUACACAGACAGUGCUCACAAAUUUUAGCAGCACUGGAAUUCCGUACACCUCUGUUAGUACAAGCACUGGCAACAGUCAGUUGAAAUCAAUCAAGUUUUCCACUUUUCUGAUUGUCUGACUGAUAAAAGCAUAAAUUGUUGUGAAAAGCUGAAACAUUACUGUGAUUCCAGUGGACUGUAUUUUAUACAUUUUCCCUCAGUUAAAGUUUUGCACUAGACAAUUACUCUGACAGGAAAUGCUUCAUUCUCAGUCUGUGUUUCACACAGGAAGACCAAUGGUGGCGGACACGCCUCCAACGCAAAUAAUGAUAAGCUUCUUUCCUGCAAAUGUGGACAAUUUAAAGAUAUUUAUUUGUUUUGAGAUAUCAGGUGUCUCCAUAUGAAGCUGUUUAAUUUACUUACAUUUGUGCAUGUUUCACAAAGGACAGUUAUUGCUGGUGCACCACCUCCAUGCUUCAUUUUCUGUUAAUACUUAUCAGUUUCUUUGUAAACAAAGGUCCACUGUCACGAUAACGGCUUGUUCACUGCAAAAACACUAAAUCUUACCAAGUAGUUUUGGUCCAGUGUCUAGUUCAAAUAUCAUCGUUCACUUAAAAUAAGUCAAAACUAACUUACAAGUAACUUCUCAGCAAGAUAUAGGCGCUCGUUUCAAAUAAAUAAUUCCUUAAUAUUGAUUAAAAAGUUGUGGUUUUUUACUGGUAAAACGAACUGUUAUACAUGAAAUAAUCUGCCAGUGGAAACAGAAUUGGUUCGUUUCGUUUUAUUUUAAGUGUACUGAGACAUUUGGACAAAACAUACUUUGUGUGAUUUAGUGUUUUUGCAGUGUUGUUUUGAGACGUUAAAAUCUGCUUUGGUCUUGGUUAUUGUCCGACAUCAGAAACGUCUCAGCUUUUUACAGGAGCUCACCUCAGAAAUCUAAAUGAAAUGACUUCUGACGAAUCCCCAGAGCCACAAACUAUUUCUGCUAAUUUAUCCAUUUGAACAGAGAUGUGAACUUUCUGUGUUGUUUGUGUUCUUGAGAUUUAUGUCAAGAACACAUUGCAAAAAGAAAAACUUCUUACCAAGUAUUUCUGGUGUAGUUUCUAGUUCACUCAAAAUAAAAUAAAACUAACUUACAGGUAACUCUUCAGGAAGAAAUAGGAGUUCGUUUUAGGUCGAUAAUUAACAGUGCACUGCACUGUUACCUGGCAACCCCAGCUCAGCCCAGUCCGUUACCUAGCAACCCAGUUCUAGUUCCACUGGCAGAUUACCUCACUUAUGACAAGACAUGUUAUAAGAGAAGCAUAAAUAAUGGGCCAGUGGAACUAGAAUUUAUUGACUAGAGACCAGCUACUCCAUGUUGCUAAAAUGUUACUUGUACGUUAGUUAGUUCAUAUUUUAAGUGAAGUGAGAUAUCUGUUCUAAACUAGACCAAAUACUUGGUCAGAUUUGGUGUUUUUGCAGUGAAGGAGGACAAACAGUUAACGGAUCUGGCCCAAGCCCACUGUCAUGGCUGAUGGGGGGCCGUGUGAUUGAUUUCAAAUAGAGGAGUUGGGGGGCGCUCCAUUGUGUGACUGUAACCCUUCACCCGGCCCAAUCUGGCAGCGAGGGACGGCCGGGUCCACAGCCGGGCCGGACAAUGGGGGCUUUACCGGCUUAAUGGGUGUGACUAGAGACUGGAGUUGCUCUUUGGGUAGCUGGAGCUGCUGUGUAAAUGAAGAGGCUCUUAUUAUGCUAAUGUCUCCUUCAAACGUCCCAUAAGCCUCCUGUCUCUUUAAAUUACAAACCUUCAUUCGAAGCAGCUGUAGACAUUUCUCCUGUUUGAAAAACAAACAGCAGAAAAUAAAAAUGAAAACUUUUAUCCUC